AAUGCCCUCUUCGGUUGUUUUCAGCGUAACGCUACGGGGAGGAGAAGUCUCCAGAAAGAGUCCAGUGAUUCGGAAGUAGAAAACGAAGCAAAAGGUAACUGCUUGUCCAAAAAGCCAGCCUGGGUGGAUGAAGAUGAUGAAGCUGAGGAAAAUGUUGACAUGACCCAUAAGUAUAGGAAAGAUUUCAUGAAAAGUGAUGCUGAGAAGGUACUUACUAAGAAAAAGCUAAAAAGAAGACUCGAAGAACAGUUUCAGCGAGCUAUGGGAGGAGUUCCUGCCUGGGCUGAUUUAGAAAACAGGAAGAAAUCCAAAAAGACUGCAAGUGAUAGUGACAGUGAUGAAGAUGAUGAUCUGCUACGUAGGACUGGCAAUUUCAUAUCAAACUCAGAGUACCUGCCAAGAGGUAUUUUGAAGAUGAGUACCUGCUUGCCUGCUAAUCAGGAACGUUUUGCUGAUGGAAAACUGGCAACUGUGCAGUUUCAUCCAUCUGCUCAAGUAGUCAUGACUGCUGGACAUGAUCGAUCUGUGUCACUCUUUCAGGUUGAUGGUGUAAGGAAUCCAAGAAUACAGAGCAUCUAUUUAGAGAGUUUUCCAAUUUAUAAGGCUUGUUUCAGUGUUGAUGGAGAACAAGUUAUAGCCACUGGUACUCACCAUAAAAUGUUCUUUGUGUAUGACAUGAUGAGUGGAAGUAUUAUUCCUAUACAGAAAGUACGAGGUGUGGAGGAAAGAUUUCUCAGAAGCUUCGAAAUCUCUCCAGAUGGAUCAUUUAUGCUUGUAACAGGAACUUCAGGUUACCUUCACUUGUUGUCAAUGAAGACAAAGGAACUGAUUAGCACUAUGAAGGUAAACGGAAGAUGCACUGCAUCUGCUUUCACUCCAGACAGCAGUAAAAUAUAUAGCUAUUCAAAGGAAGGUGAAGUUUUCAUUUGGGAUGUGAGAAGCAGAAAGUGUCUACACAAAUUUGAAGAUGAAGGUUCUUUGGAAGGAAAGUGCAUUGCUAUUUCAAAAAAUAACCAGUAUGUGGCAUGUGGUUCAGCUUCUGGAGUUGUAAAUUUAUAUACUACUGAUGUCUGUCUCAAACAAAACCACCCUAAACCAGUUAAAGCCAUAAUGAACCUAGUUACAUCUGCUACAUGUGUGACCUUCAAUCCCACCACGGAAAUUUUGGCAGUGGCUUCCCGCGAGACUGAUGAGGCUGUCAAAUUGGUACACAUUCCUUCGUAUACUGUAUUCUCAAAUUUCCCGGUGUUCAGAAGAAAACAGAUCUAUCUUGCUCAAUCUAUGGACUUUUCUCCCAGAAGUGGUUUUUUCUCUGUAGCAAACAACAAAGGCAAAGCCUUGUUAUUUAGGCUGAAACAUUACUCAGAUUUUUAAAAGAAGAUACAGGAGAAAAUGGACCAGUAACUGAGGUAAAAGUAGCACUAGAACUGUUGACAACAUUGUGUUGAGGAACCUUAUUUUCAUUUUGCUCUUUAUAGAUGUUGACAAGAAGUUCUUAGUAUUCUGUAAUCUGAAACUGUUCUGUCUGGAUCACUCAUGUAGUAGCCUCCCCAUGAUGGGCAAGAUUCAGGCUUGUCUUGUCAGUCUCAGCUUUUCUAAUCAUACUCUUGCAGACAGUUAGUAGUUCAACUAAACUUCUGCCCAGUCCUGUUGACUGCAGUUUUAAAAAUCUGAAUAUAUUUAAAUCAAACUCACAGGCAGUGUUGUUCAAAACCAGCUGUAGGCUGGCAGAUAUUUGGCUUGAUCCUGUUAUGAAGUCGUGUAAGUGUGCCCCCACAAGUCUGCAUAAUUUCAAAUUUAAUUAUGUUACUGAAAUUUGAAGCGUAACUUGUGUGCAGAUACGAUUUUACUGUACACUUGAACCUCUUCAUGGGAAACUGGAAAGGCCUGUAGUCUUGACAGUAAUACAGUAGUUCUGUUUGACCCCAAAUGUGUUAAUGAUUGGAAGCUAAGCUCGUUCAGACUGGAAGCAGGUAUGUCUUCUGCAUGUUAAGCUUGCAUAAAAUUUUGU